AUCAAAUCGUAAACAAACAACAAAAAUUCCGCAUGGUCGACAAUUUUUCCUGAAAUUCUUCAAAUUUCGCGUAAAUCUUCAUUUCUUGACCCUAAAAUUUAACCUUUGAUUAAAAAUGACGUAUUUUCCAUUAAACCUCAACUGGACAAUCAUCCGAAGCCUUCGCCAAAUCUUGGAUUUUGAGAUUUUUCAGUACAAGGACGAGCAACGUGAUAAUUUUACCUUUAUGUUAUCCGAACUGUGCUUGGAUCCUCCGAUGAUGUCAACUCGUGUGUUUUCUCUGUUGUCAGAUUUGUUCGCUGUAGCAACAUCUUCCGUCUCGGAAGUCCAAAUGGGUUCAAAUUUUCAUGAGAAAUUGGAGAAAAAUUUGUUGGAGCUUCAAAGUUCCAUGACGGAUGAUGAAAGAAAGGCUCUAGAAAUUUGUCUUGAAGCCAUUUCGAUGGAAACUCCCGAAAUUUUCUUCAAAUAUUUGACGGGAAUUCUUCUCGGAUUGAAAGUUGAUGCGUUUUUUGCCCAAAAUGAGCUUUUAAAGGGAAAUUUAGCUUGUUGUGAAAUGUUUCAACUUUUGUACGAGCAAAAAUUCGUCGAUUCGUUCGACUUGACUGACGUAAUUUUGGAACAUUGUCUCCAAAUAUUGGAACUCGAUACGAAAUCUCAGUUCGUAGCACAAAUCGAGUAUUUUCUGAACUUCACAAAGCAUCUUUUGGACACUUCAACAGUUGGAGAUGACAUCAUCGACGGAGCUAAAUACCAAAAAUUACGAAAACUCUGGCAUGUGAUCUUUGUUCUCAACGAGGGACGACUUUUGGAGAAAGCUUGGAAGGAAUUCGGGAUGAAAAAUGAAAAUUUUGUCAAAGUCAUCAAACUUGAAGGUGUCAAUUUCGAUGAAAUGUCGCCCGAAAUGCUUUCCCAUAAAGAAUUUUCCAAUCCAGAAGACUUUCUUGAACGUAAAAAAUUGCUCGAACAACACUCGCAAAAAUUCGAGUACGAUCCGCGUAUCAAAGAAGUCCUAACUGAGGUCCAAAAUUACGCUCAAAAGGCAUACGAAGCCACAAAAACUUGAUUUUUUUUU